CUGAAUCUAUUGGCAGGGUUCAUCCCCUGACACCUGAGGCCUCAAACUUUAGCUUCUAGGUGACUCUCUUUACGCAUACAUGUGUGUGUUUUAUAUGUGAGUCUCUAUCUCCAAACAUGGGGUGAGGUAAAACUGGCUGAGUGUGUGUGUGUGUGUGUUCUGCACCGAUGGAAAACCUAUUUAGUUUUCCUCUGUGUCACCGCAGCAAGCGGCCCCACAAAAGGUUUAAAACCGGCGGACAAGGAGGAGAUGCGAGGGAGGUAGCGCGAACGAGAAGCAGAGGUUUAAUGAAAGCUGUCAGAGAUUUUAACGGCUUUCGAGGUUUAGUUGUGCAGGUAGGAGGAUAAUCUGCAAAGGAGGAAGAGGAGUCUGUGGGGGGAAAAUCCCACACACUCGUCCGUCUAACCGUGGGUGUGUCAAAAGCUAUAAGUGCCGUGGCUUCUACCUGUGUGACUUACAUCCCUGCAUUUGGGCUUAGGAACAGACAUUGCCACACCUGUCAGACGACUCACCUGCACUCGACAACUCCCAGCGGCCCAGAUGUCGCAGAGCAUCUCGCACAUCUGCCUGCUGGCCCUGAUCUCCCUGCUGCUGCUCCUCUCUCCUCUUGGCUGGAGCAAAGAGGGACAAACCCCAGGAUGCCACCUGUACCCCAUCAACGUGACCAUCCGGAGCGACCGCCGUGGCACCUGUAAAGGGACCCAUCUGGUGUACGCCUGCGUGGGCUACUGCGAAUCCAGCGCUUUUCCGUCCAGAUACUCUGUACUGGUGGCUUCAAACUUCACACACAACAUCACCUCUGCAUCACGCUGCUGCACAAUCAGCAAGGACACCAAGGUCAAAGUUCGCCUGGACUGCCCGCGAGGUCGGCACUACGACGAAAUCGAGAUCCUGACGGCGAAGGCGUGCCGCUGCGACAUGUGCCGCAAGUCCCGCUACUGACAGGCCGUCACUCCAGGACCCAAAGCGGAUUACCGUUUAAACUAAACUACCCCGGCAGGAACCUUUUCACUUCUGUCCCUCUGCUUUGAAAUCUCUCACCUGACUGAAAAUCUCCUACAUUUAUGUGUUUCUUGCUUUUAAAUCACUGAAAGCAAGACGAGCUGGUAGCAAAUCCUGCAACCAUCCACGAGGGUCGUUGUCCUGCAGCAUUAAAAGUGUAGCCUGACAUGUAGUCAUACUCAAUUCUAGUCAGAAUUUGAGUCUGAUACUGCUCCAUAGAUCUGUGAUUAUGAGGCGUGUUUCGAACGAACCAGGAAAAAAAAUUCCUCUGCACUCAAUUGGAUAGACCUACAACCAAUAAGAGCAACGGAGUGUGUGACGUACGUUAAGCGACGCAUAGUUGUUGUCAACAGAACUCAACUGUUAGCCUAGAAUAAGAAGAUGAGCAUUAACGAUUUUUGCCGG